UUGUUCUCGCUCACCACUCCCUCUCUUUCGAUCGCCUCGCAGUCUCUCACGAAGAGGAAGGUGCCUCUGACGCCAUUAAAGCUCGCCUUUCUCAAGGUGUUGCAGGGUUUAGGGUUUAGGGGAAGAGAUGAGUGGAACAGGAGAGAAAGGGUCAGCCACCACAAAAACACCAGCAGAUUUUCUUAAAUCAAUCCGUGGGCGACCUGUUGUGGUCAAACUCAAUUCUGGUGUUGAUUAUCGAGGUAUAUUAGCUUGUCUGGAUGGAUACAUGAAUAUAGCGAUGGAGCAAACAGAAGAAUAUGUGAAUGGGCAACUGAAAAAUAAAUAUGGUGAUGCGUUUAUUCGAGGAAAUAAUGUGCUCUACAUCAGUACAUCAAAGGGCACACUUGCAGAAGGGGCUUAAUGUUGUGAUGCUUUCAGGAAAUCCAAGUCAGAUUUAAUACUCUUCUUUAUGUGUUGGUAUUUAUGUAGUAGUGGAUUUGGGCAUUGGUUAGGAUAUAAUUACUCGAAGCUGUUUUAAAUGCCAUUCUGAUUGGAUGUACUAUCAAACAGGUGCUUUUUGGUAAGCAAAAACUGAUUUACGCAACGAAUGACCGUUUUCUAUCCUUCUAUCUUCC